UGGCUGUUUAUAGAUACCACUGGUGGAGUUAAACAGCAGCAAAUGCUGACAGUUUAGGCUCAGUGUUUGCAUCUCACUCUUUGGAACGGAGAAAUGGAGCUUCUUCAGAGCCUGCUGCUGGCGUUGAUUGGAGUUAUAGGGAUUCCUUCCCUGUCUCUCCUCUCCUGGGCGAUUUACUAUGAUCUUUCCAGGAGUGAAAUUCCACCUGGAUUUGACAGUCCAUUAAAGCUUCGAGGUCUUCACUGUCUUGCCAUAAUGGCAUUCACUGCGGUAAGUUGGGGACUGGAUGAGCCGUUAGUUGAGCCAGCAGGUCCUUCUUAUGUUCUUUUGGGAAAGGUGAUUAAGAAAUGUAUUAUUAUUAUUAGAGUUAAUAAUACUUAUCUGUAGGCACCAGGCAAAAACAUUUCUAUAUCUUUUCAAGGUGUUAUUGGUUUGCUUUGUUCUUUCAUUGUGUAUUUUGGGUUUUUAUCUUGCAUUUUUUUGCUGUGAACCACCCUGAGAUCCUUUCAAGAAGGGCAGUAUAUUUAUUUAAUUAAAAAUAAUAAAUAACAGUUUAUAUAUUUAAGUAAUUCAUAUACUGCUGAAUCCAACAUGCAUAAUGAAAUCAGUAAAAUCAAUGAAUUCACUUGACGAUGUGAUGAAGAUAUUAUCACUUUCAACAAGGGCUUCCUUUCAGCCUAUAGAAGGACACACAUAGAGAGAAAAAGCCCUAUUUUCUUUACGUCAUGGUUUCUUCAGGAAAGCACAUAUUGCCUCAUAGGCAAGCAAGGAGACUGUGGAUUGUUUCUCCAAAGCUUAGCUUGUUUCCCAGCUUCUUUUGCCUCUGUACUUUGGCGGGUGUUUAGGUUGGGGUGACCAAUUCUAAGCUGACCAAUUGAAAUUAAUGGACUUGGCUAACAUGUGCUCAUUCAUUUCAAUUGGUCUACUUUAAAUGUUGAUUUAAGCAGAGUCUGUCGUGGCCAGCGGAAGGAUGAGGAAAAUGUGUUACAUACUCCAUAUAGCUUUAUUUACAGUUCAAAGCUGGUAUAUUACAGAAAGACAUCUUGUCUCUGCAAGAGCAGAAAAUGCAUCCUCUCUCCUCAACAGCUUGGAGAGAAUCAACCAGUGAAAAAAACAGGAAACCAGUGUACGUCACAUCCAGUCUCCCUUUCCCGUGAGAAACUCCAACAGUACCUCUGACUGUGGAAUGCAAAACAAUGUCUUGUGACUGCAGUUGCUGCUCAGUGAGGGAAAUAGAAACCAACAUCCUCCCCCUUUCUGUGAACAUCACUGGGCAGCGUGUUUGCACAAUAUCAGUACAAACCCAACUUCUGCACAUAGGUACAGUGUUGAUCCCUUGAUACAAUCUUGGACAAUACAUCAGCAGGAAUUUCAUUACCUGGCAUAUAGGACACCGUUACGAGUCCCUUCUGAAUACAUUCCCUAGCAUGCUGCAACUUUAAUUGCAAGUGCUUUGUGCUUUGCUUACAACCUUCAGACUUCAGCAAAGCCAAACAUGCUUUGUUGUCCUGGUAAACCUGGAUUGGACAUUUGACAGGAAUUUUCAUAUCUUUGCACAAUUGUACUAACCAUUCACAAUCCUUAAGUGAAUAAGACAGUGCAUUCAGUUCAGCUUCACAAGUACUUAAGCUAACUGUUGUUUGCUUCUUGCAUGACCAAUCAAACAGACUCUGAUUGUACAUGUAGCAAACUCCAGACGUACUUUUCCUGUCUGUAGUGUCACUUCCAAAACUUGCAUCUGCAAAUAUCUCAAGACCACCAGACUUCUGAUUGUUAAAUCUCAGUCUGUAAUGCAUAGUGCCUUUCAAAUACCGCGCUAUGCGUUUCAGAGCUUUCCAAUCCUUGACACUAGGAUUGUUGACUUGUCUGCUUAGCAAAUUACAGCUAACAGCAAUGUCUGGUCUUGAACAUCUGGCAAUGAAGUUUAGCUUGCCUAGCACACUCCUGUACAGUGUAGUGUCAGAAAAUGCUUCUUCAGUGUCAUCUACCUGAUAACCUGUUGUCAUCGGUGUGUCUACAGGGUUAGCAUCCAUCAGAUUUAGUUUGCUUAACACAUCAGCAAUUUUCCGUGACUGGUGUACUAGAAUGUUACCAUCUUGAUCUCUCUCUAUUUCCAGAGAUAGGUAGUUGUUUACCUCACCAAGAUCUUUCAUGUCAAAGUGCUCUUUCAGUUGAGCUAGGGCGCUAUUGUACAUUGCAACAUCUUUCCAAAAGAAUAAUAAAUCAUCAACAUAAAACAAACAGUACAGUUUCUUUUGCCCCUCCUCUUUGACAAAUACACAUGGAUCAGCUUUCCUUGCUGAAAACCUAGAGAAAACAAUACUUCAGUGAGUUUUGUGUGCCAACACCGUGCACUUUGUUUGAGACCAUAAAGGGAUUUCUUCAGAGCACAAACAAAUCCCUGUUUUACCUGUACGCCAUCAGGUGGAAGCAUAUAAAGUGAUUCAUUUAGAGAUCCGUACAGAAAAGCUGUAUUAAUAUCAUGGUGACUAAUGUGUAGAUUUUCCUCUGCAGCUAGCUUGAGCAUAAGCCUAAUGCUUUCAUAUCUCACUGUGGGUGAAUAGGUCUCGUGAUAGUCUUCACCUGGUACCUGUGCAAAACCUCUGGCUACCAAUCUGGCUUUGUGUCUGACUAUCUUGCCAUUUUGAUCUGUCUUCGCUUUGAAGACCCAUUUGCUUCCAAGCAGUUUCAUUCCUGGAACUACUGGAACUAGCUCCCAUGUUUUGUUCCUUUCUAAGGAAUCAAGCUCAGCCUUCAUGGCAUUUAACCAUGGCUCAGCUUCCUUUGAAUCCAAACCCUGGAUUUCUUGGAAACUUGAAGGUUCAAAUACCUUCUUGGAGCUUUUAACAGCUGUUACUGCUAUCUUAGCAAACUCAUCAGCAAAUCUCUUUGGAGGUUUGCCUUUUGUGGCUCUCUGUGACCUACGAAUUAUCCUUAAGUCUUCAACACUCUCCUCUUCCUUCUUAGGAGAAAAACGACCUAUUGUGAACAAUGGUUCCUCCAAUUCUUGAUCAGAGCUUUCAGAGGGUCGCAUAGAGGCUUUCGCACUCUUGAAAUCCUCUGAAUCACCUGAUUCAGUUUCAGAUUCAGACUCAGAACCUUCAUCAGUGGGUGUGGGUUGUUGUGGUUGCUUUUGACUAUCCUCAGUCUCAUCACCGUCAUCAGGAUAACAUUGGAAAAUUCCCACAUUCUCCCCCCACUUUGCAUUGUACUCAACACUUCUCGUGAGCUUAAUUGUCUUAGAGUCAGUCAUCAUUAUUCUGUAAGACCCUUUCUGAUAACCUAGAAAGAUACCAUGCAAUCCACGCUUGUCUAACUUGGAGUUUUGUGGUGAGCGAACCCACAUGUCAGAACCAAAAUCUUCAUGUGUUUGAUGUAUGGCUUCUUGCCAAACAUCUUCUCAUAGGGGGUACAACCAAUCGCUGAACAUAACCUGCGAUUGUAACUGUAAACAAAACACGAGAGAGAUUCGGCCCAAUAACUCUCUGGAAGAUUGGCAUCAUGCAGCAAGGUUUUUAACCCUUGAAGCAAUGUCUGAUUUGCCCGUUCCGCAAGUCCAUUCUGCCAUGGCGAGCGAGGACUAGACAAAUCGUGUUGAAUUCCUUUCUCAGUCAGAAAAGCUUCAAACUGCUGAGAAGUGAAUUCCCCCGCGAUCACUGAAAAGAGUCUUUAUCUUCUUACCAUGCACAUUUUCCAACCAAGCACAGAAUUCCUUGAACCUAGGAAAAGCCUCCGAUUUCUGCUUGAGAUUGUACACAAAAAUAUAUCUAGAAAAUGCAUCAAUGAGAACCAUGAAGUAUCUAUUUCCACCCAAAGAGGGCGAUAGUGGUCCAACCAAAUCAGCAUGAACAACCUGGUAUGGUUCUGUAGCUUUCCUACUAGACACCUUACCUUUCGCAGCCAUUUUCACCUUGUUUGCUGCGCAUGCUUUGCACUUCAUGUGGUACCUGCAGGGUUUAAUAGUCAUACCUUCAACCAAGGCAGGCAUUUUAGAUACUGCCUCAAAAUGCAAAUGACCAAAUUUGCGAUGAAAAUCGUGAAUACAUUCUGCAUGCAAACUUUUGUUAGAACCUGCAAUGCAACAAGUGUCAUCCUGCACCACAUCAUCAUAAUACAAAACAAACAAAUGAUCAACAUAUUCUGCAUGCAAUACAUAAUCAUUUUUCUUUGUGAUGAUGCACUUCUUGUUCUUGAAGGAAACGUCAAUGUUCCGCUCAUUCAGCUGUCCAACGCUGAGCAGAUUAUGUUUGGCGUCUGGCACGUAAAGCACAUUCUGUAUCGAUAAGUCCAAACUGUGAAGAACAACAGUUCCGUAGCCUUUACUGGGAAUAGUGUGGUCAUCCGCCUGGUGAAUCGCACCUUCCUGCGGUGUAAAAGACACAAACAGUUUCUUAUCGUUGCACAUGUGGUGGGUGGCCGCUGAAUCAACAACGAAGAAAGAUCUAGACGUCUUCUGGACCUCUGCAACCUUUGGAGUGAAGCGUGAAACCAUAGCCUUGUGCUGCGUUGUCCUAGACACCGGACCUUUGCCUUUGCCUCGGCCUUUUCCGCGCGAUGAGCUUUCGCUGCGCUGCUCUGUCUUGGCCCUGGGAUGUCUGCAUUCCCUCUUCAUAUGGCCUAGACGUCCACACGAGUAGCAUUUGACUGCCUGCAAAGCUUUGGCGCCAUCUGGUGGUUCCACUGCACUAUGGGAUGACGUCUGUGAAGACUCUCCCUUGCCCAUGCAGCUAGCACCCCGGCGAUCUACUUCAUUUAAAAUCACGGCAGUAACAAAGUCCACUGUCAGCUGAGCAGUUGGUUGCACAGCAAUCUGGGUUGCAACAGACUCCCAACCUGAACCCAAAGAUUGUAGUAUCAUGAAAGAAUACACAGCCUCUGGAAAGUUGAGUCCUCUCUGUUGCAGCUCAUGUCUGAGAUUUUGCAUCUCCAUUAGAUGUAAACGCACAUCUCCACCUUCAGCAAGAGCCAUAUUAUGCAGCUUGUUAAAAUAAAACAUUGUGGAUCCAGCUUCUGUCCUUAAAUGAGCCUCUCUCAGAGCGUCCCAAAUUUCUCUGGCUGAGGUCUUAUCACGCAACAGACAGAGCUCUUCUGGGGAUACUAUCAAUGUAAGAGUUCCCCUUGCUUUGGAAUCCUUAGCUUCCCAUGCAUCUGUAACUGGAACUGGGGGGGUUCCUGUAAUCACCUCAAACAACCCCUCUUUCCGCAGAAUUGCCUCUGCAUACUGAACCCAGUCGCUGUAAUUUGUCUUGUUGAGCUUAGGAAUCCCACAAGCAUCCUGAAGGGCCAUCAUGACUCUGGCAUUAGCCGUCAGCGUCAUAUCUGUGCUGCUUUAAAUCUUGCUGCGUCACUGCUGCAGCUGCCUCAUUACAAAGGCACACUUAAAAGUUACUUUCGAUUUCCCCAGCAUAGUGACUUGUGCCUGGGAGCCUUUUGCCUAUUUGCAAAACCGGCUUUAAAAGUUCAAAGUCCAGCCAUAAAGCCAUUAUCUUGAAGCUGGCAGGCUGCCCGGAGCAGUAGCACAUACCUCAUCAAUCACUUCUACGCGCAGAGCAGAUUCCUUUCCGAUCCGUCCCUCUGCAUUCCGAUCUGCCGGCACUGCGAUUCGACCUCUGGAGUCCAUAACCACGUGUUGAUUUAAGCAGAGUCUGUCGUGGCCAGCGGAAGGAUGAGGAAAAUGUGUUACAUACUCCAUAUAGCUUUAUUUACAGUUCAAAGCUGGUAUAUUACAGAAAGACAUCUUGUCUCUGCAAGAGCAGAAAAUGCAUCCUCUCUCCUCAACAGCUUGGAGAGAAUCAACCAGUGAAAAAAACAGGAAACCAGUGUACGUCACAUCCAGUCUCCCUUUCCCGUGAGAAACUCCAACAGUACCUCUGACUGUGGAAUGCAAAACAAUGUCUUGUGACUGCAGUUGCUGCUCAGUGAGGGAAAUAGAAACCAACAAUUUGGAUACCACCCACUGUGAAUAGGUUGCAAAUGUGGGCACUAUUAUCAUGAGACUUUUCCUUUGCCCAACAGGGGAAGUGUCUUGAGCUGCUGGGUGUCUGCAGACAGGUUGCCGUUAUCCGCUUCCUCCAGAGUUUCUGGAAUCCAAGAGCGGAUCCCAGCCUCUCUUCCAAAGAUCUGCAUUUCGAUGGGGUGCCUGUGAGGGUUUAUCAGUCCAAAACACCAUCUGCUGGCCCAAGGAAAGGAUUUGUGUUCUUCCAUGGAGGUGCUGGGACGGUUGGGAGCAUCGGUAAGAGAUUAAAGCUGUGAGCCUAUGAACACUUACCUAGAGGCAAGCCCCAUUGAACUCAAUAAGCCCAUGUAGAAUCCUAGAAAUGUUGUGAAACCUCUAUUGUCAAACCUCCAGUCAAAGAGAGCCCGCCACCUCCCAAGCGAGGCGGUUCCCUGUCAAACAACUCUUACCAUGUUUAAUUGGAAUCUCCUUUCUGGGUAGAAGUGCUUCAGAUAUCAUUGGAAGAGAGGUUUACAGGGCUGAAAUACAAGAGUGUUGGUGGUAGUUCCUGAAGAGACAAAGGGCACACGUGUGCUUUGGAUUUGCAUAUGUUAAUUUAUACACAUGGACCCUCUUGUUCUCAUGGCUUCCCAGAUCCCACCUCUCUAGUGGUCAAUGGUCAGGGAACCGGGGAGCUGCACUCCAGCAAGCAGCCCCUGGGGGAGGGACAGAUGCCCCCCACUGCUGAUACUGACCCAUUCCUUUCAUAAAAUUCAUAUAACACUUGAUUUCAUAGAACCUCAAAUAGGUUCACAAAUAUGUAUCUAAUAGGUUGCUGUUCCUGAUUGCUCUGCUUACCAACCCAGCCACCCUCCCACCCCUGGCCACCCCCUCAUUUACACCUGACCAAAUCCCACACCCACCCACCACACCCACAUGUGUUAAUUUAUACAUAGUGAUAAUUAAUACAUAGGUCAGCUUUCCAAAACCCAUAUCCCGAAACUGGGCCUCUGCCAGGUUUCCAUCUCACAAAACCAAUUUUACAAGUUGGCAAGUAGCAGUGCCACUUUCAGAAACACAAAACAACAAACUUGUUAUCAGAGUUCCCCAAAUCGCCUGCCAUCAUGCCCCAAAUUUCCCCAUGCAGGUGAGCAGAGUGCUGUUGCAGCCAGGCUCUCUUUGUGGGCCUCCUGCUGACAUCUGGUUGGCCUUGGGGAGAACACAAGGCUGGGCUGGCUGGGUCUUUGGCCUAAUCCAGAAUGGCUCUUUCCCAUCUCUUAGGGACAAUAUGAGUGGUUGAGAGAACUGGACUCACACCAGGUUUCAUCUCACAAGACCAAUUGCAAUGUAAUAGGUGGGCAGUUAACAAGUCCCAUUCAGUAGCCUUCCAUUGCAACAGCCUAUGAAGCAGGAACUGUGGGAGGAAGGUAGGCUAGGAUUAAGUGACACAUGAAGAAAUUGGGAGUCAGGAGACUGGUGACACAACCUCUUGCAAGAGCUUGCUAUUGCUACAGAUAUUCAUAUUUGGGGGAAUGGGGGCACCUGUGCCCCUCCAAGAUCUUGCUUCCUGGAAUAAAACUCCCAUGCUCCCUCACUUCAACAGCUAGGCAGAUUUCUUCUAAGGUGGAGAUUUGGGAGGUUCUUAUAACAAGUUUGUUUUUCCUGUCUCUGAAAAUUGAAAUAGGUUUGCAUAUAUGAAUACAAACGAUAACAUCUUAAUUCAAUGAAAGCUUGCAACUCAUAGAUCUGCGUGUAAUGAUCUCAGGCAGGCAAAGAGGUCUGAUAAGAAUUAAUGAGCCUCUGGAAAAUUUAUGUACGUUUAUUUACAGUUCAAAAUCACAGAGCAUGCCAAAUGCCUGUCAUUCUCCGAUACGAAGUGCUCAGUUUGAGUUUCCAUUUCUCAGACAGCACAAAGGGAGACAAGAUACGAUCUUUCCCCUUUCCCCCUUACUUAGCAUUUUCACCUUCUCCUCCAUCCUGCUGCGAGGAGAAUUUGGGCAUCCUCCCCCCUCGCUGUCCAGCGAAGAUUCCUCUGAGAGCUCUACUCUAGUAUCCUCUUCCAGGACAUCUCUCCCCCCUCCCCAACAUUCUGAAGCCGCAAACUCCCUGCCUUUGUUACCCUUCUGGCUUCAUAAGACUGAGAAGGAAGGGGGGCCAAGUAAACCCACCCUUGCCUUGCCUGAGGCUGCAAUGUCUCUGUUAUGUACUGAGUUGAAUAGGAUCCAAACUCCAGUAGUCUCAUUGGUCCUAGAACAAUAGGAUUCAGAAUGCAGCAGUCUGAUUGGUCCUAGAACAAUGCAGCAGUAUGAUUGGUUGGCAGGAACCACCCAAUCAUGCUCCAGAUAGAAGUGAAUCCACAACCUGAUUGGCUUACAGUAGAAUUCCGGAAUUAGCCAAUCAUGUGCAGUCCAUUGUGUAAAUAAUGUAUAUAAGGCAGAUACUUUGAGGGGACAUUCAUUCAUUCCUCCUCACCACUAUGAGCUGAAUAAAGAGCAUGAAAUCACUUUGCGACUCUGAGUAUAUUUCAGUCUCAUUCUCAGAGUCAGCCUCAUUCUCAGAAUCAGACCCCUCCCAAGCGUCUCACCCUGCUGGAUCCCCGACACCAUGCCCCAUAUCUCUUAAGUUGAAGAUUUGUUUGUGUCUGGGGGAGGGGGUGGGAGGUUGUAAUUUUGUUCAAUUUGUUUUUAUAUGUGAACCUAUUUAAUUUGCAGUUUGGGAAGCAAUUUGUGAACUCAAAGUCAGUCUCUGAUGCUUACAAUGCAGCUCUCUAGCAAUGGGAUGUUCACAGGGCAUAAAAAGGCUUAUGUCAGUGAAUAUUGCAUGUACCAAUAUUGUAUGAAAGGGAAGAUUUCUUUGCAAAAAAUGUGCUUUUUAAGGCAAGAUUGGAGGCAGCAGUGCUUCUGCCUAGCAGUUGCUGGAAACCCUGGGCAGGUAGAGAAUUGAAGGUAAGUGUGACAUCCCUGCCUGUGAUUACUGGGAGUUGCAGUCUCACAGCAUCUAGAGCAGGGGUAGGCAAACUAAGGCCUGUGGGCCGGAUGCGGCCCAAUCACCUUCUCAAUCCGGCCCGUUGACGGUCUGGGAAUCAGUGCGUUUUUACAUGAGUAGAAUGUGUGCCUUCAUUUAAAAUGCAUCUCUAGGUUAUUUGUGGGGUCUGCCGGGUGUUUUUACAAGAGUAGGAUGUGUGCUUUUAUUUAAAAUGCAUCUCUGGGUUAUUUGUGGGGCAUAGGAAUUCGUUCAUCCCCCCCCCCAUAUAGUCUGGCCCAUCACAUGGUCUGAGGGACGGUGGACCGGCCCACGGCUGAAAAAGGUUGCUGAUCCCUGAUGUAGAGCAAUGGAAGCCAAAGGUGUCAUCCUUCGGGUUCUGCUGUGACUUAUGUCCAUGCAUUUCAGUGGGACUUCUGUGAAUGCAUCACCCCUGGGUUGUGAAACAGCUUCCUUUCGUUACGUAUAUCUUCCACAUAAUUGCUUCCCAAUUUUGAAUUUCCCUCCCAACUUGCUAGCAUUCUAUGAAGAUGUCUGCAGCAAGAUUGCCAAGGAGACUGAUUCAGUGGUUGUGUCUGUUGGGUGAGUAAACACAACCCCAUGGCCUUUUGUAGGGAAGGAGUGUAGGGGCCCAGCAUGCUGCUGUAUUUCAGGCUGGCAUCCCUUGCCAUAUUCCCUGCAGCAGAAAGAGGCUCCCCACGAAAGCUGUCAACAUUCUGUUCUGUGAUUGAAAAUCAGAGCUUCAUGUGCUUAAGACAUGAACACGCUCGCUUUUGUGGGGGGACUAUGAACUGGGCAUAAGGCCUUGCACAGC